UGUCGCCCCGCAGCGGCCCGGCCCGGGCCCGAUGAGCGGCGGCCUCGGCCUCCGGCGCAGCCCGGAAAUGUCCGGCAAGAUCGAGAAAGCAGACUCUCAGCGUUCUCAUCUCUCUUCCUUCACCAUGAAGCUGAUGGACAAAUUCCACUCGCCUAAAAUCAAGAGAACUCCGUCAAAGAAGGGAAAACCAGCUGAGGUGUGUGUGAAGAUUCCAGAGAAGCCUGUGAACAAAGAGGCAACAGACAGAUUUCUACCAGAGGGCUACCCUAUCCCCUUGGAUCUGGAGCAGCAGGCAGUAGAAUUUAUGUCCACCAGUGCUGUGGCUUCCAGGUCUCAAAGGCAGAAGAACCUGAGCUGGCUGGAAGAGAAAGAGAAGGAAGUUGUCAGUGCCUUGCGAUACUUUAAAACCAUUGUGGACAAAAUGGCUAUUGAUAAGAAGGUACUGGAGAUGCUUCCAGGGUCAGCCAGCAAAGUGCUGGAAGCCAUCUUACCCCUGGUGCAGAGCGAUCCUCGAAUUCAGCACAGCUCAGCCCUCUCCUCCUGCUAUAGCCGUGUGUACCAAAGUCUCGCCAACCUCAUCCGUUGGUCUGACCAAGUGAUGCUAGAAGGAGUGAACUCAGAAGAUAAAGAGAUGGUGACCACUGUGAAGAGCGUCAUCAAGGCCGUGCUGGACGGAGUGAAGGAGCUAGUCAGACUGACCAUCGAGAAGCAGGGGCGACCAUCACCAACGAGCCCAGUGAAGCCCAGUUCCCCGCCCGGCAAGCCUGACGGCCCAUCUGAGCUCCCCCUGUCAGACCGUGAGAUGGAGAUCCUAAACAAGUCAGCAGGGGUGUCACAGCCCGCCGAGCUCCUCCCAGAUGCCACAGACGAAGAGGUCGCUCCCCCCAAGCCCCCUUUACCUGGUAUUCGGGUGGUUGAUAACAGUCCUCCCCCAGCAUUGCCACCCAAGAAAAGACAGUCGGCACCGUCCCCUACCCGAGUGGCUGUGGUGGCCCCCAUGAGUCGAGCCACCAGUGGCUCCAGUUUGCCUGUUGGAAUUAAUAGGCAGGAUUUUGACGUUGACUGUUACGCACAGAGGCGACUGUCCGGAGGCAGCCACUCGUACGGCGGGGAGUCGCCCCGCCUGUCCCCCUGUAGCAGCAUAGGCAAGCUCAGCAAGUCAGACGAGCAGCUGUCCUCUCUGGACAGGGACAGCGGGCAGUGCUCCCGGAACACAAGCUGUGAAACACUAGAUCACUAUGAUCCUGACUAUGAAUUCCUCCAGCAAGACCUCUCUAACGCAGACCAGAUACCUCAGCAAAUGGCCUGUAACCUUAGCCCGCUGCCGGAGUCCUUGGGGGAGUCUGGGUCUCCAUUUCUUGGCCAUCCUUUCCAGCUGCCUCUUGGCAGCUGUCCCCAGCCAGAGGGGCCCUUGGCCCCAGGGCAACAGACAGACACGCCACCCGCCCUCCCCGAGAAGAAGCGCAGAAGUGCGGCCUCCCAGACCACGGACAGCUCUGGCUGCAGGGUAUCCUACGAGCGGCACCCCUCGCAGUACGACAACAUCUCCGAGGACGACCUGCAGAACCCAGCCCCGAUCCAGUCCGUCCCCUACACGCCCUUUGCUGCUGUUCUCCCUUUUCAGCAAGGAGGUUCCUCAGCCCCUGUUGAAUUUGUGGGUGAUUUCACUGCUCCUGAAUCAACGGGUGACCCAGAAAAACCACCACCUCUACCAGAGAAGAAAAACAAACACAUGCUGGCCUACAUGCAGCUGCUUGAGGACUACUCGGAGCCACAGCCCUCCAUGUUCUACCAGACACCGCAGAACGAGCACAUCUACCAGCAGAAGAACAAGCUGCUCAUGGAGGUUUACGGCUUCAACGACUCCUUCAGUGGGGGGGACUCCACCCAGGAGCUGGCCCCACCACCGGCCCUGCCCCCCAAGCAGCGGCAGCUGGCCUCCUAUGCUGCUUCUUCCUUCUCUGUCUCCUACUGUGUCCAGCAAACUAAAGUGGCCUUCACCCCCGAGGACGGCAGUGCCACUCAGGGUCUCAGUGUGUCCGUCUCUAACUCCUUUCUCAGCCGGCACGGCAGCUUGCCCGUGCCCUCGUACAAAUCUGUGUUUAGGUCCUACUCCCAGGAUUUCGUGCCUCACCACCAAGCUUCCGUUCAGCCUUUCCUCCCGCCUACCUCCUCUUCCUCUCCACAUUUCCCACCUGUCCACCAGUCUCAGAGCUCUGACUUAGCGGUGCCAGCUGUAGCCAGUCUGCCGCCCAGCACCGUGGACGGGCCUCUCUCAUCUUCCCAGGACAGCAGCUUUCAUGGGAAUACUGUCUGCCUUCCUUCCGAAACCUCUUUCACUGACUCGGAAUCACCAGCUGGGAAAGAUGGACAUCCCAGAGAUCCCUCAGCGGCCGGCACUGUACCUGGGAAGGACAGCAGAGAUGGCAGUGAGAGGGCCCCAAAGUCACCAGAUGCUCUGGAGUCGGCUGAGUCGGAGGAGGAAGUGGAUGAGCUGUCCCUCAUCGACCACAAUGAGAUUAUGGCCCGGCUGACACUCAAGCAAGAGGGUGACGACGGGCCAGACGUGCGUGGAGGAUCAGGGGACAUCUUACUGGUCCACGCUACGGAGACGGACAGGAAAGACUUGGUGCUGUACUGCGAGGCCUUCCUGACCACCUACAGGACCUUCAUCAGCCCGGAGGAGCUCAUCAAGAAGCUGCAGUACCGAUAUGAGAAGUUCUCUCCUUUUGCCGACACAUUCAAGAAGCGCGUCAGCAAGAACACAUUCUUCGUGCUGGUGCGGGUGGUGGACGAGCUCUGCCUAGUGGAGUUGACAGAGGAGAUCCUGAAGCUAUUGAUGGAGCUAGUCUUUCGCCUGGUGUGCAACGGGGAGCUCAGCCUGGCCCGCGUGCUCCGGAAGAACAUCCUGGACAAGAUGGACCAGAAGAAGCUGCUCAGGUGUGCCAACUCCGACCAGCCGCUGGCAGCCAAGGGGGUAGCAGCCAGGCCGGGGACCUUGCAUGACUUUCACAGCCAUGAAAUAGCCGAGCAGCUGACACUGCUGGACGCUGAGCUCUUCUAUAAAAUAGAGAUUCCUGAGGUUUUGCUUUGGGCAAAAGAGCAGAAUGAGGAGAAGAGCCCCAACUUGACCCAGUUCACAGAGCACUUCAACAACAUGUCCUACUGGGUCCGGUCAAUAAUCAUGUUACAGGAAAAGGCCCAGGACAGGGAACGGCUGCUCUUGAAAUUCAUUAAGAUCAUGAAGCACUUAAGGAAGCUGAAUAACUUCAACUCCUACCUGGCCAUCCUCUCAGCGCUGGACUCGGCGCCCAUCCGCAGGCUGGAAUGGCAGAAGCAGACCUCAGAGGGCCUGGCCGAGUACUGCACACUCAUCGACAGCUCGUCCUCCUUCCGGGCCUACCGGGCUGCCCUCUCGGAGGUGGAGCCUCCCUGCAUCCCGUACCUGGGGCUGAUCCUGCAGGACCUGACCUUCGUGCACCUGGGGAACCCAGACUAUAUUGAUGGGAAGGUGAAUUUCUCCAAACGCUGGCAGCAGUUCAACAUCCUCGACAGCAUGCGGUGCUUCCAGCAGGCGCAUUACGACAUCCGAAGAAAUGACGACAUCAUAAACUUCUUCAACGACUUUAGUGACCACCUGGCUGAGGAGGCCCUAUGGGAACUCUCUCUGAAAAUUAAACCCCGGAACAUAACAAGGAGGAAAACAGACCGGGAAGAGAAGACCUAGGAGCAGGUGCCAGGAUGGAGGCACGCGCUCGGGGGCGCAGAGCAGCUCCACCACCAGGGUGCGCUGGGGACCUAGCAGGCACUGCAGCACUCCUGGCCCCAGGGCCAGGAGGCCGGGCCAGGCCUGGCUGAGCCGGCAGGAGCCUGGAGCCUGGAGCCUGGGGGCAGCCUCCUGCCUCCCUCCCUCCCUGUGGGAGCAGACCCAGGCAGCGUGGAGCCUCGGGCCUUGCUGCUGACUGCGAGCCAAUGGGUUCCUGGGUCGGUUUUGUUUUCUGCUUUCACUUCUGUCUUUCCCCUCCUGCCCUCCCUCCCACCUACUCCCCUCCCACCUGGGAGCAGCAGGGAUGUCAUCAGCAGACGCAGGAACAGCCGGUCCUCCCCCUCCCUAAGCUCCAGGGUCCUUAAGUCUUCUGACAUGGCGUGUGAGUGGCGGCUGGAGGCUUCUGGAACAGGAGCCCGCAGGGGCUUGGGCAGAAAGCAGAGAAGACCCAGGAGGCCCCUUUCACCUUCCAUUUCCUGCUUAGACGUGGAGGAUGGUGACAGCUUUUCUCUGGCCCAGAAAGGUACAGCAGGUGGCAACGCGGCAGCCUCACAGCUGGCACUCCUUGUCAUGGUACUGGCGCCCGCAGGGCCUCCCUCGGGCCAGCCGUGGUGUCUGUCAUCUUGCCGCUCCUUCAGCUCCCACACCGCCGGUGCUCUCGGGAGCUGGGAGUGGGGGGUACGGGAGGCCGUUAGCAUCGGACACUUGUUAGUGCUGGGAGUCUGAGCUCCGGGCGCGUUAACUCGGAGGAGGAGUGGAGGCGCUGCUCUGUCUGGGAGAGUCCAGCAGCCCCUCCCCGGCGCUUGCUGUGUGCCUUAAACGCCAUCUCCUGCCGCACCAGGCUCCAGCUUCCCUCCGGCCCUGCGGUGCUGGGGCGGUGCCUCUUUGGCUCUGCAGCCCUUUCUGCCAGUGCGGGGAGGGCAGAGGCGCUCCUGAGGCUGUGCAGCUUGCUUCCCCAGCGAAAGCACCUUCGAGAGCGGGUACUCUUGCCCUCCUCCUCCUCUUUAAAAACCAGUCUUGCUGCUGAGGUUGACAAUCUGGGGCAAGGUUUGCAGGGGCGCUCAGCAGACAGGUGCCCACUGGUGCCGCCUGGCUCCGCGGCAGCCGAGUGAGGGGUGCUGGUGGGACCCCAGAUGCCCUGCCCGCCUAGGCCCGUUUUGCAUGAAUGAGCGCUCACGUCUCCUGGGCGUGGUUAAGCGAACAUCAGGCUCUAACUGUGCUGGCUUAGCCCAGUUUAAACAGAACAAAGGAAACUAGUAGAAAGCACCGCCUGCUGAUGUAGGUUGUUUAAACAACCCUGCCACUUUGAGUCCUUCAUGAGUUUUUGAGCAGCAUUUAUCAAGAAAAUGGGGGCUGCUUUUCCCUCUUUUGUGUUUUUGGCCUGUAGAGAGAGGGGCGGACCCCCUAUGAGAUGUCAGGUAGGAUCUUGCUGGGGCUGGCCGGAGCCUGUCACUUUAUUAUUUAAAGCGUGUGUGUGUAUGUGUGGUCGCUGGGUUAUUAACAGUGUUGUAUGUGUGGGGUUUUUAGUUUGUUUCCUCUUUAAGUCCCUUCAUUUCAUCCUGCCCUCGCCCAGCACUGGUGGCUGCUGCUGUGCGCGUGUGACGGCCACUCUGUACACGGGGCUCUGGGGCUGUGCACUUGUGGGAGCCCCGCACAGGCCAACCCUGCGCCGCAGCCUUGCCCUCCCAGCCGGGCCCCUGGGGCUGCCCCCGUUCCCUCUGCCUGGUGCUCAGGCGUGAGCCGGACAGUGCCAGGGAAUCUCUUCCCCUUCUGAGUUUGGAACAGACCCUGUGCCCAGCCCCAGAGUGCCCGAGCAUCUGUCCGGGCGGCUCCCUGUGUGAGGACAGCGAGGUGCGACGUGAGUCUUUACCUUAGUGGCUGACGGGCGUCCCCACCCACCCCUCAGUGCCACAGGGGGCCCGGGAGGGUCAUGGGAAGGAGUCUUCACAGACAGCUGUGAGCAAGACGGGAGACUCGGGUCCCUGUAGACAAAGUCAGUUCCCACCCGCAGGUGUGGGCGGGGCCAGGUGGGGCAGGCAUGCACCUGUGGGCCUGAAGCCCGGGUCUGAGGAGUGUCCCCUGCUUUGGCUGCCCACAACCACCCCAGUGUUCCGUUGUAAAUAUACCCCCCGACUAACCUGAUCAUGGCAUCUUCCUGCAGACAUUUCAACCGUGUAACUUUUAUACAGAAGAAAAAUAAACACAGACGAAAGCUG